AUGGGAUUCCAUAUCAAAAAGCUCUUCAGGAGGGGCCGCCCUAAGAAGUCAGAAAAGGAAACCGACAAUCCAAGCCAAGGCCAGGCGAAUACAAAUAGUGUAUCACCUAAUAGUGGUGCGUCGUCGGGCGCAGGCGCCCAUGCAGCUAUUGAAGAACCAGAGAAUAUUCCCCUGAAUCAAGAGCAAAGUUAUACGACAGAAAGUUCAGACUCGGCUCAGUCAGACCAACAGUAUUUGUGGAAGGCCGCCUAUGCGAACCUGGAUCCCGAGGACCAACACAGGUUGACGCUACUCCAUGAAUCAAACGGGGACAACCAUGUCAACCGCGAGUCUCAGAUGGUGGACACAGUAAAUAUGGUUAUUGAGACGACGAAGAAGCAGUACGAUGAGCAUCAAAGAAGGGGGUUGAAGAUCAAAAGAUCAAGAGGAGACGACAUCAACAUCCGAGAUUCUGCUCUCAAGAUAGUCAGUGCGACAUUGUCUUUCAGGGACAUCAUCAGUGCUGUUGCUGUUUUUGACCCCACAGGGUAUGCGGACAAAGUCUGGGGAUUAGUAUCGGUGGGACUAGGUAUGGUCCAGAAUCAUCAAGAUUUGCAAGCUUCAAUUUUCCAAGCGUCGGGGUUCCUCACAGAUGUUUUGAGUCGAUGCGCGUUUAUCGAGAUUGACUGCUCGGGCCGAAGCAGCAACCUCAGGAUGAAAGAGAUGCUCCGUAGUGCUAUCAUCCGUGUGUACACUUCCAUCCUACGUUAUUCAGCUAAGGUUAUGUCAACUCAACAAUCAGGGGCUGGGAGAAAGUUUCUCCUAAGUGUGACAGACCUUACUGAUCAACCACUGAGCAUACUCAAGGCCGCCAUCAGCGAGGAGGAGGCGCAGUUAGAGAAAUGGGUCUCAAUUGAUCAACGACUGUUCUGGAAAGAAAAGGCCGAGGAUAUCCUUUGUCAAAUUGACAACGUGCUAAGCGGCAUCCAGGAUAUUAGUCGAGAGUUGGAACUCUGUCAACUAACUAUGGCGGACGGUGCUGCUUUUGAUUCGUACAAAAAUCAACAUGAGGUUGAGUGUCUCCCAGGAACUAGAACAGAUCUGUUGAAGCAUAUCACAGACUGGUCACACCUCUCCCAGAGCGAACGUAUCUUUUGGUUAAAUGGAAUGGCCGGAACAGGUAAAUCUACUGUUUCACGUACAGUUUGCAGACUGCUCCAGGAAAAUGGCCUUCUAGGGGCAAGUUUCUUCUUUAAGAGAGGAAAGACGGACUGUGGGACAGCUGAAAAGCUCUUUCCGACCAUAGUACGACAACUGAUUAUUCAUGAACCUCGGCUGAUACCCAGCAUCAGAGGGGCAAUUCAGAGAGAUCCUUCUAUAUCUACGAAAUCUCUCGUAGAGCAGUUCAACAGGUUACUGCUUGAGCCGCUAUCCACCAUCAAGGAUGACGGAGCCGGAGACUCAGUUCUGGUAAUAGUGAUUGAUGCGUUGGAUGAAUGUGAUUCGGAAAAUGAUAUUGAGCUUUUACUUCGCCUUUUGCCCAUGAUGCCACCGUCAAGUUCGAUAUCCAUUCGAAUCUUCCUGACCAGCCGCCCAGAGCUCCCAAUCCGUCAGGGAUUCGAUAGUGUUUCGAGGGACGCUCAUCGUGAUUUCAGCAUCCAUCAGAUUGUAGAGUCUUCCGUUAAGAACGAUAUCUUGCUGUUCAUAUCUGAUAGAUUCGAAGAAAUAAGACGAAAACACUCGCUUCCUCAAGAAUGGCCCGGAGAGAAGACAAUUCUGGACUUGGUCAACGUCGCGAGUCCAUUAUUCAUCUCAGCCGCUACUAUGUGUCGCUUUAUUGCAGAUAGAAAAUGGGACCCAGAGAAACGCCUAGCCCUUGUUCUAGGAUCAGGAACCCGGUCGGACACAGCUACAAGUCAUAUCUCAAAACUUGAGCAUACUUAUAUUCCGGUCUUCGAGCAAAUUCUCCGUAGCGGAGACGAGGACGAAGAUGAAGACGAGAGAGAGCAGCUGAUUCAUGAAUAUCGUGUGAUUGUUGGCACAAUCAUCACCCUUGCCAAUCCGCUUUCACUCAUAUCCCUAGCAAGCCUCCUAGAGAUCCCGUCCAGUGAUGUGAAUCGUAGAUUGGACUUUCUACAUUCGGUUUUGAGCAUCCCCAAUGACCAAGAUACUCCUAUACAGAUAUUUCAUCAAUCAUUUCGGGACUUUCUUCUUCAUCCCAAGAUCCGUACAAAGACUGAUUUCUGGAUUGAUGAGAAGCAGACGCAGAAGGAGACAUUACUCAGAUGCAUUAAUGUGAUGACCAGAGCAAAGGGCGGACUUUCUAGAAAUAUUUGUCAAUUGCCAAAUGACGGAGUAUUGCGAGAUGAGAUAAGUGACAAAGUCAUCAGGGACCAUAUUCCAGCAGAACUUCAGUACUCGUGUCAUUACUGGAUACAGCACCUAGAGCGGGGAAGCUAUCGCAUUACCGAUCAAGAUGAUAUCCACAAUUUUUUGGAAACACAUUUCCUCCACUGGUUGGAAGCAAUGAGUAUCCUGGGCUUGGCAUCAGAGAUUGUGAGCGGCAUCAGGACAUUACAAACCUCAGUGCAGCCUGAUUCUUGUUCAAAAGUAUCAGCAUUCCUUUACGAUGCAAAUCGCUUCAUUUUAAAGAACAUAUGGAUUGCCAACACUGCACCCCUUCAGUUCUACUCCGCUGCCCUGAUAUUUGCACCGCGAAUGUCUGUUGUGAGGAAGACAUUCCAGAGUGAGAUAUCUAGGCAAUUUGUCACAUUGCCUAGAGUGGAACUAAAUUGGGAUUCACAACUCCUGACUUUGGAACAUACUAAGGAUGUGAAUGUAGUGGCAUUCUCGCCAGACGGUAGACUGGUAGCCUCUGGUUCUAACGAUUACACUGUGAAGCUCUGGGAUCCAAAAACAGGGCUUUUACUACACACGUUUAACCACAACUAUGACGUGUCAGCCGUGGCAUUCACAACGGAUAGUAAGUUGGUGGCGUCCAGCUCUGAUGAGCAUAUCCAGCUGUGGGAUAUUGCUGUAGGCGCACUGCAGAGAACUCUGUCAGACCACACUUCUACCGUAACAGCACUGGCGUUCUCACCAGAUGGUAAGCGACUGGUCUCGGGGUCCAACGAUAAUACAAUCAAUAUUUGGGAUCUAGCUACCUAUGCAGUAUUACAAACUCUGAAGGGCCAUGGGGAUUUCGUUGAAGAAGUGUCAAUUUCACCAAAUGGAAAGCUUAUAGCAUCCGGCUCUUUGGAUUGUACGGUCAGGAUUUGGGACUUGGAUACAGGAGCCCUGCUGUGGACCUCUGAGCACGACGACUUUGUCAGAGGGGUGAGAUUUUCACCCAAUAACGAGCUCGUAAUCUCGGGCUUUAAGAGCGGAACAGUGCGGUUAUGGGAUGCUGCCACAGGCAGACCGAGAAAAACUUUUAGUGCCGGCCGGAUUUCUUCUUUGGCAUUUUCGCCCGAUGGAAGGCUGGCGACUGCUGGCGGUCAGGAUCUCCAAUUAUGGGACAAGCCCAUGGACAGGCCGAUUCAAACGUUUGAGGGCCAUGCUCGCGAAAUCUUUGGAGUAACCUUCUCACCACAUGGUGAGCUGCUAGUGUCAUGUUCUGCGGAUGGUACUGUACGGGUCUGGGACACAAACCUGGUUGCAGCGCACAAAGCUCUCCGAAAACAUUCCUAUGAGGUCGCUGCCACUAGAAUCUCGCCAGAUGGCAAACUUCUAGGGUCAGGUUCCACUGAUUAUAAGAUUCAACUAUGGGACAUUGCAACAGGCAUGGCACUACAUAUACUGGAUGAUUACUCAGGAAAGUCAAACACAUUCGCCUUUUCACCAGACAGCAGUCUGGUGACUUUUCGCCUGAAAUCUGACAGCACUUGUAUUCAGUUGUGGAGCACGGUUACAGGUGAGCUUUACCAAACACUCGGAGAUCAUCCGAGUGCGGUUGAUCGUGUCAUAUUUUCUCCCAAUUAUCAACAGCUGGCCUCAAUCGACGAAGAAUGGACAAUUACCCUAUGGGACAUAAAAACAGGAGAACGACUCUAUUCCCUGGACGGAGGUGGGAGUUGGGUGUGUAUAGCAUUCUCACCAAGUGGCACAAAGCUAGCAUCAAGCUCGGGUGAUGUGCUGCGGGUGUGGGAUACAAACACAGGCACAUUACAGCAAGAGCUAAAAGGAGACAAACACAAAAUCACAGCGGUGGCAUUUACAGGCGAUGAAAAGUUCAUAGCAACAGGCUCUAUUGACGCAAAAGUCCGCAUUUGGGAUUUAGCCACAGACACACUAUCUCAAACUUUCCAGGAUUGCGGAGCAAUCAAUCAACUAGCUAUCUCUCCAAAUGGGAGAUUCGUCGUAUCAGGGACGCUUUCCCAAACAAUUCGUCUAUGGGAUAGGGACACCGAAGAACUGAUCUAUUCUUCUAAUGGUAAAUCUACUCAUUAUCGAAACGGAAUUGGUCAGUUGCGCUUUUCAUCUGAUGACAACUAUGUGGAAGCGGACUUUGGUACAAUUCGUAUUGGUCCAAGUCGAAAUGCCGGAGAUGCCAGCUUCUUACCUCGGCGAAAAGAUAUGGUAUUGGGUGACCAAUGGUUAUACGUUGGACAAGAAAGGGCUCUUUGGUUGCCAGUUGAGUACCGACCAAAAGUAGCAGCCUACCACAACGGUACAAUUGGCAUCGGAAAUGUAUCUGGUCUAGUAUCAAUCAUCGGUGUCGAUAUCGAUAAAACGGAUGGCCAUGCUUGA